GUUCAUUAGAGUGUUUAUUAUUAAUUUAAAGAAAGUAAAGUUAUAAUUAAAAGCAUUUGACUUUGAUUUCAUUUUUAAUUUUCACAGUCCCACCCUUCCUGCCGACUCCCGGGUGUCAAUAACUUAAUUAAUAUUAAUGGAUAUACAAUAGUAAUAUAUUAAUUUAUAAUUCUGAUACCUCUUCUAAACGACUGAUCUACUUUUUUUAGUCUUAUACUUUUAGUGUAGGCUUAGACUUAGAGUUAAGAGUAAUUUAGACUUUGUCAUGAGUCAAGUGACAAGUGGUCUUAAAAUUAAAAUAAAACUUAAAGUCUUAAGAGUUAAGAGAUUUCAAUUGAGUUUUAGUUUUAGUAAUUUUAAAUUUUGAUGAUUAGAAGAUGUUGGUACAUAGUAGAAAUAAGUAUUAUUUUUAUUUUACUGUGCAUAUAUUUUGCGUUAAAAUUUUAACCACUAAAAUGUAUUCAUUAAUAAGAAUGUAUCAUUUAUUAGUUAAUUUUUUUUUAUUCACAUAUGAUUUUAGUCAAAUCCAGGUUUUGAAGUGACCUUCACAAUUCACAACAAACAAAAUGGCAGGUGUACACAAACUUGUAAGUUUAUCUCUAUCCUGUGAUGCUGUAGCAUAUAUAUGUAUAUGAAAGUGAACUUUAUAUAACAUUCCAUUUGGGACAGGGGGCCCCGAACUCGUUUUUUUUCUUAUAUGAGCUAUAUUAAUAAAUGAACAACAAAUACUCCUACAUGAAUAGAUGGAUAUUGAGGAAAGCUAGGGCCGUCGUUUAUUGUCAUAUUAAAGUACCGACCGAAGGUUACUGAACUCAUAAUAUUCAUUCUUCUGGGUCCGGGGGCCCCAUUUAAUUUUUCCAUAUAUAAGUUAUAAAACUAUCAAUAGGCUUAGACAAUACUAUAUAGUAUAGGUGCGAAGUGCAGAAAACAGAGAGAAUGGAGGAUAGUUUUCAUGUCAUCUGUGGCGCCCCAAUGGUCCAAGGCACCAAGGACUAAGGAUAGGUACUUUGACACACAUUUUAAAUAUUGUCCAAUAGCCACAAAUGAUACACCAUUUUAAAGGGCUCGCUAUAAGCUUUGCAAAAACACCAAUUUCAUCUUUCUAUCUUUUAUGGAAAAAAAGUUAUGAUUUUUUUGGUGAAUUUUUUAACCCCUUUAUUUAUCUUUGUAUUUAACGAAAAAACUUGUGACCAACUUUCCACAUUUCUGCUUUAUUUUGUCCACAACUUUUUUAUUUUAAAAGAUAAUGCUACCAAACUUUCAGGAGACAUUCUCAAUGCAAUAUACAACACAAUAAACAACAAAACUUUUAUAUAACAUCAAGACUUUUAUUUUUUUAUAUAUUUAAUCGAGGGUAUGUUCAGAAAAAAGUGAACAGAAAAAUUGGGAAAAUCAUUAUUUAUACAGGAAAAAUUGAAAAAAAUAACAUGUUUAUUGAAUUUUAACUAAUUUUAUUAUGCUUGUGUUAAAUUUUAAAUCAUUAUAUUUAUAAAAAGGUAAGUAGUCUUUUUUUAUAUAUAAAAUUGAACGCAUGUAAUUAUAUAUAACAAAUACUAAUAUCACCCAUAAAACUAAUUACAAGCAUACCCUUAUCGGAGUAUGUCAUUAAAUAUUAAAAGGUAAUGGGGAUCUUCUGCCUGCCAUUUUCCGGGUAGAAUGCCCUACAGUGACUUCUUUGUCUUGUUGAUGAAACCCACACAUUUUUCCUUCAUAAACUUUGUCGCCGCCAUCUGCAUCCAAACGUUCCGCCUUAUUGGAUAUGGGCCAUGGAAGGAAUUCCAAAGUUUGCAACAGAAAUGUAAAAUUUUCUCUUCCACCCAAAAGAAGCCUAACAUUAAAUACUAAUCAUAAUUCUGAAUCUAUACAAUUUUUUUGUUUCUUUUUAAUAUUAUUCAAGUGAUGUUUUUAUUAAAUUUAUUUCCUUUUUUUUGUUUUGUUUAUUUAAUUAGAAAUAUAUUAUUCUUAUUUAUUUAUUUAUUUUAAUAAACUUGUUAUAGACUAAUUCAUAGGUUAUCUAAUUUUAAUUUUAAACAAGUCACAGUCACGCAAUUUUCACAAAAAAUAUAUCAUAUGUACGAAAAAAAAAAUAAUUUUAUAAUGCAUUACCAUAUUUUAUUGGAAUUACAAUUGAUAAUAGUAUAUUUUUAAUAGUGGUAGCAACUGCUUUUAUUUUGUUAUUAUCAUUAAUUAUAAUUUAUAAAUACCACUAAUAACUAGCAUUAUAUAUUAUAGUAGUAGUAUUACUACUACUACAUAUAAUAAUUAUAUAAAUCAAGGGACAAAACAAGUCCGAAAUUCACCGGACUACACGAACUACAAUUAUUUAAAAUUAUUUAAUUUAUUAAGUUGUACUACUUUCUAAUAAUAUUGUAAAACAGUUUUCCCUUUAUUAACUAAUUAGUCUACCACGGAUUAUCAAAGAUGAACUAUAAUGAAUAAAUGAAAAUAUCUUUAAGUUAAAUUGGUAAUAACAACCAUUUCCGACAACCCACUUUUUUUUGUGAGGGGGGAUGACUCGGGUGACUACUAACAAUUUUAUUUUCUUACACCUUCCAGUUGGAUCGGCAUAACUUUUGUGCGUUUGGGCUAAUUUUAAUGAAGUAAAGUUAUUAAACUGUGUGAAUGAAUGAAGCAGUAUUGAGCUAAACCACUAUGUGUUUGAGCUUUACAUUAAAAAGUAAUAAGCAAUUAACGUGCAUACCGAUGGAAAAUUAAAUACGCUACCGGUCACAAGAUUCUAAAUGCUGCAAAUAUGGUAUUCACAUGUUUGGAAAAAUAUGUGCUCUACGUCACCGAUAAUUUAAAUACUAUUAUUAGGAAACAGUGACGUACAACGAAAAAAAACGACACCCUCGAUAUGCCGUAUAGCUAUAUUGCAGCUCAAGUUUUUUCGUGAUUUUUCGACUGCGCAGAAGGGAUGCGCGUGCGUCUUUUAAAAUACCUACUAAGGAACAUGAUGAUGAUAGGUUCUAUGUGAAUUGAUGAAUCUAGGCCUAGCUUGGUGGCAAUGCCCUUCAUUGUCCGCUGGUCCGUAUCAAAAUAACAGUGGAUUUAAAAAGAAUAAUAUCCAAUCCUUUCUGGGCCGAUCCAGACUUUUCCAGAAAGUUCAAUAAUUUUAAAAAGGCUAUAUCUAUGGCAUUAUUAAGCCGAUUUUAAUGAGACAACUUUCAAAUCUUAACUUUAUUAUUUAUAAAUUAUCGGCCUGAUUUUUAUAGGGUCCCCAAUAGCUAAAACGGUACACUUAUGAAUAUGGAAUGGGCCCCCACUGGGGCCCCUCUUUCAUCUUAAAUGUACUAUAUUUAUAGUAGUGCAUUAAGUUAUAAUUUUUCGUAUUCAAAAAAAAUUACGCCGAGAAGUAAUUUUUUUACAUGUUCUGAGGAAGAUAUUAAAUUUUAUCUUGAAUUUUCCUGAACAUUCAAUUUUUGCUCUACUGCAAGAUAUAAUUGGAUCUAAAAGCUUUUUGAAGUGUUAGUUUAUUUCUAUUCAUCUCUUUACUUUCAUGGGGAUUUUCUCCAAUCUGUCAGAAACUGAACCCAGGACACUUUCAGUUGUCUGGGAAAUGUUCACUGCAUUGGUCACAAAUCAAUUUCUACUACCCCCUUCCCCAAGGCUUCAAGUUUCAUGUGACCAUCCAAAUGCACAGAAAAAAAAGAGGGUGGGGGGAUGCCUAGAAUCAAUGUCAAUAUAAUACAACCAUCUGCUAAAGAUUGUCAAUAAAAAUACACUGUAGGAAAUCCAUUUGAAAAGAAAAGAAACUCUGGAGGUAUUUUAUGCCCCAGCUGAUAACAUAAAAAUGUAUAAAACUUAGAACAUUAAAAAAAAUUAUUUUAAUGUCUGCCCCCCAAGUAGUGGGAAAAAGGAGAUUUCCAUGCUCCCUAAAAAAAUAAUUUAAUUAAAUUGGAUUUCAAUUUUGCUGUCUUUUUAGGCCCUAAAGUUUAAGAUUCACAAUUGUAUGAUAAAACUUUGUUACCAGGUAAUGACAUAUAUUUGUAUUGCAAUAUCUGAUUAACAAUUUUUAAAAAUAUGUACAUCUUGUUUUAGCAUUACACUGUCAGCAACUGUCUCCUCUGCAAUUUACUUUUUAUUUCAUAUAUUUGGGCUGAAUUCUCCCUGGUCUUUUUUUUUUGUUGCCCUUUCCUUAAGUCUUCUGGAUUUUACUUAGGAAAAAUUGCUCUCCUUUAGUCAUUGCUUUUGUGAUUUGGUGUGAUCUAUGAUAUAUCUGAAACACCCUAUACUAUAUAGGUUGAUUCCCCAUUAAUUAAGCUAUUCCCCCAUAAUUUAAUAUUAACAUUAUUCUGUUGUGGAUAAGACAAGCUGACACUUCCUGCUAAAGAUUUCCAUGAAAAGUUUUUCAUUAUAAUCUAAAAAACUAGAAUCUUAACAUUUUAUGUUUGAUAUCUUUAUUUAACAGACUACAGGACUAACAGGACUUGCUGUUGCAAAGCAUCCUCAUCAGGUAAUGUUAAUAUUUUUAUUCGGUGCAAAGAUUAUUUGUGAUGGCAUAAGCAGUUAAAGAAGCUUUGAUUUUUAUUGGGUGGGGGAGUGCUUUAUUCAGGAGAUUUUGAGUAUGGUGAGUAGGAUUUCUGCGUUCGCUGGUUUUUAUUUAUACAGGGUAUAUGUGACAAAAAUCACUCUCAUCCUGGAACCCAAUUAAUUCAAUUAAAAAUAUAUUACAAAUUUUAUUAAACUACGAGAGUAGAUUUUUAAAAUUGUUUUGUUUUGCUUUUUAUACUAAUGAACAAAAAAACCCGGCCUAUUGCUCAAAAUGCAAACAUACACUCAAGAACCUAAAAGCUAUUCUGACCACAAAAUUAACCACUGAAGGCCUUGCUACAGAUCAAUUUUAACGAACCGUGAAAAACUCAGAAACUUUCAAGACUGAAAACAAACUGUGCAAUUCAACUGGAUCAAUAAAAGCAUCUUAUUUUGUUUUAUUAAAUAUAUCCUUAAUUUCUUAUUUAUUAUGCAUAGAAAUCUGGUUUAAAUAUAUUUUCAUUUCCAAAAUGUUACAUUUAAAACCCUUUUCUUUUUUUUUUCAAUAUAUCACUGUAAGGGUCCCUUGGCUUCUAUAUGAAUUUGGUGGUUAUUUGAAAACCCUUGAGACCUGUGUACUAGAGUUACAGAUCUAAUUAAUUCAGCGCAGUUAACUAGAUUUUACAGUACUUGAAUUAUAGCAACAAUCUGUGACUUUGUGAAAUUUUAAAAAACAAGAAAAUUGUAUUUUAAAAGAUUGUACCCAGUAUAUCCCAGGAUGGGAGGAUUUCCUGAGAAGUCUUUUAUUUAAUAAAAAUCGUGUGGGAUCCUUUAAUAAACUUGUGAGUGGCAAGGGGUCUCAGCAUAAUGUGUACAUACACUUAUGAAAAAUUCUGCCAUAAUUAAACUGAAAUUUUGGCAGUCCAUAAAUAUCCUUUUAUAUAGCCAACUUUCAACUAAAACUCUGUGAAACUGAAAUCAAUGAUUACUUAUUAUCUUAAACUUAAAAGGGUAUAAAAAUAUCACUGCCAUUUGUCAUAAUUUUAUCAUCAAACUGUUAGAUAUCGCAACAUUGAUACUUAGCCUAGUAACAAAUUUAGUCCACUGUGUACCUUUGUAUGGAUCCCUGCCUAGUUCAUAAUUUUUUUCAUAAUUAUUUUGUUUGGCUGAACCAAAGAUUGUUAAUCAAUAAAGAUUUAAUAUAGGUUCUUGAAGUUGAAUAUCUACUAUGCCAAACAGCCAGCUGUAAUUGUGAAAAUUGAAGAAAACUCAUGACUUAAUUUCUUGAACAGGGUUUGGGUAUUUGGAUUGAUUACUAUGUUCAUCAUAAUUGUCCAUAGAGUUUCCUCUUCAACUUCAAUGGAUUUCCUCCACACUAAGUUGGGCUUGCGGGAGGGGGGUUGAGUACCAAAAUUAUGGAUGGCUGUAUAUAAAUUAAUAUUCUCAUAUAUAAUUUUUUUUUUUUUUUCCGACAGACGCUUAGAGCCUUGUAUUCCAAGAUUUUGAGUAAUUUACAGAAGAUGCCAGCUAGUGCUGGCUAUCGCAAACACACUGAACAGAUUAUCAAUCAGCGUUUAGGUCUUGUUAAAGCUGUAAGUUUUUUUUUUCUAUUUUUAAAUCUCUCUAUAUUGUUCUUUUUUUCCUUAAGCUAGAAGGGAAAAUAAGUGUAAUGAUUUGCUUCCUUCUCAUUUUAGAUUCACAUUCACAAGUACCUUCUUUUCCAUUUUUAACAUUUUAUUUUAGUCAAAUAGAUGUUUGGAGAAUUAGUACAAACCAAGGGCCAUAUCAAUUGUACAAAGACCCACCCAUAGUCGCAACAAUAAAAAAGGCAGACUGCACUGGACAGGAAAUAUUGAAAGGAUGGCCGGAUUGUAGAGCAGCAAAAUAGAUAUACAGGCAGAAACCAAGGGGCAGACAGCUCACCGGUCGACCAAGACUGAGAUGGAUCGACGAUGUAGGGAAUUGAGUAUUCGCGCAUUGAGGCAGAAAGCCAUGGAUCGAUCCGAAUGGAAGGAUGUGUUAGAGCCGGCCAGGGCUCUACAUGGGCUGUAUCGCCACUGAUGAUGAUGAUAUGUUAAUGCUCCCAUUUGGUUUUUGGAAAGUAAUUAAAUGAAAAUGGAUAAAUUUUCUUUUUUAUUUACUCUUGGCAGGAAGCUGAAGUGAUAAAGUUGGAAGAAAAAAUAAACUGUGGUCAAAUAGAAGAAGUAAUUAAACAGGUGAAAUGUUUUUUAUCAAUACAAGGAUUCUUCUAAAAUAAUUAAUAAUAUUUGUUUAAACUCUUUACUAACUGAGCGCAGAUAGAUUAGCUUUAUUUUUUACAACUACUUUUUUAACAUAACUAUGAACUAAAUCUUCAGAGAUGGGCAACCUUUUUGUGCAGAGGGUAGCAUGGAUCUUUAUUUAUAUUUAGUGGACUGCAUAUACGUCAUAUAUGUCCUCAUACUUAUAGGUGAACUUUGAACAUUCAUUCUGAGUUAAGUUUACAAUAAAGCAGUGGAAUAAUUUUUUUAUAUUUACUUUAUUUUAUUUGUGUAUAUAAUUCUAUUAUACUGUUUUUCAUAUCUCUAGAAUUUAAAUUAUGGUCAUUUAUAAUUACUGCUUCUAUUAUGGUCACUUAUAAUUAGUGCUGCUAUUUCAGUAGUAAACAGCGUUAAAUUUUAAAAUAUGUUACAAACUGCCUUUGGUCUCUGUACCGUAUCAAAUAACACAUUUUAUCCUUAAUAAAAAGUGCAUGACAUAUUUGAAAAAUGAUCCCCUAGUAUCACAGUGAUCUCAUUAGAUUAUUAUUAUAAAGAAAAUUAUUCCUUAUUCAAAUCAAAUACUCAUUACUAUUAAAAAUAACUUGUUCCUAGGCUGAAAGAGAACUGAGAUUAUCAAGAAAGAUGCUUGAGUGGAAACCUUGGGAACCUCUGAUUGGACAAGCCCCCCCAAACCAAUGGAAAUGGCCUCUUGCAUAGAAAAUUAAAUACUAUUAGAAACUUUAAUGAUAGGUUUUUAUUUUUAUUGUGAAUAAGAAAUUAUUAUGACUAGAUUACAGUUUAGUAAAUAAAUGAAUGCAUGACAGUGAAGUGAGCCAAAUUAAAAGUUUAAAACAGAAUUGAUUUUUUUCCAUUGAUAUUUGUCAGUGCCAGUAUACAAGUUUCAUUAAAAUCUGUAACUAAUG